AGAAGAAGAAGAAGAAGAAGAAGAGCCAUGAAGGCUGAAGCGAUGAUGGCCAUGGAAGAGCAAAGAGCUGAGCCUGACAGCGCUGGUGGACGGUAUGGCGGAAUGAGCAGUGUCGUUAAGGCAGAAGACCGGAAAAGAACCAGCAGAGGAACGAUAACCCAAACCGAUCUUCUCCUGAGCAAAAAAUUACGAGCACCAGCGAGCAGGAUCAAGAUCCGCUUAAAUCCGCGCGAUCCGAAAUGGGCGAGGUGCGAGAAGAGAAUCAGAGGCUAAAGACGUACUUGGACCGCAUAAUGAAAGAUUACAAGACCCUCCAAAUGCAGUUCUUCGACAUCGUCAAGCCCGAUCAGGAGCAGCAGAAACCUUCAGAUGAUGAAGCAAUGACUAACGGUAACGAUGACAAGCAGCGAGCUGAAGAGUCUGAAGAGCUUGUUUCUCUCAGCCUGGGAAGAUCCCCCUCAAGCCAGCACUCAGAGAAAGACGAUGAGAAAAAUAAGUCGUCGAUUUCACCCCGUCCAGGGAAGUUGUUAUUCUUAGAGAAUAUCAGCAAAGAACAGCACUUGGAUCUCUCAUUGGACUGCAAAUUAUCUGAUGCAUCGACUACUGGGGUUGAAACUUUGCCAAAGAAUAAUAAUGAUAACAGCAAGGGUAGUCCUGCGACUAGCUUCGAAGAUCAUCAAAAGGAAGAAGCCGCUGAGACUUGGUCACCCAACAAAGUCCUAAAAACAAAGAGAUCAGGUGGGGAUGAUGAGGUUUCCCAGCAAAACCCAGUCAAGAAAGCUAGGGUUUCGGUGCGGGCUCGAUGCGAUGCAGCGACGAUGAACGAUGGAUGCCAAUGGCGAAAGUAUGGCCAGAAAAUUGCAAAAGGAAACCCAUGCCCUCGAGCUUACUAUCGGUGCACGGUCGCACCAUCGUGUCCCGUAAGAAAACAGGUGCAAAGGUGUGCUGAGGACAUGUCCAUUCUGAUAACCACAUAUGAAGGCACACAUAACCACCCGCUUCCGAUGUCAGCCACUGCUAUGGCAUCCACCACCUCGGCGGCCGCUGCCAUGCUGUUGUCCGGCUCCUCAAGCUCACAGCCAGGACAGAGUCACGGCACAUCCACCACUAUUGGGGCCGGCCUCCACGGACUUAACUUUUGUCUGCCUGAUUCUUCGAGAUCGAAUCAAUUUUACCUGCCCAGCUCGGUCAUGCCAUCUGCUCCUGCCCACCCGACAAUCACUCUCGACCUCACUUCCUCAAACUUAUCAUCGGCAUCAUCGACUUCAUCGCAUUUCAAUCGAUUCUCCUCCCAUACUUUCCCUUCAGCAACGUCAAGAUAUUCUUCCACAAGUUUAAGCUUUAGUUCGCCUGAUCAAUCUGAUAAUAAUCUUCCCAUGUCAUGGGCUAAUAAUGGGCUCCUUAACUACGCCACCCAACUCCAAAACAAGAACCACACAGCUUAUCAACCCUACUUGCAGAUGAAGAACAACCCUAGCCUUCCUCAACAAUCUCUACCAGACACCAUUGCUGCCGCAACCAAGGCGAUCACAGCAGACCCCAACUUCCAAUCCGCCCUAGCAGUCGCUCUCAAGUCGAUCAUCGGCAAUGGUAGCAGUGGAGCUGUCCCAGCGACUAUAGGGGAUCAUUCUCACGGAGCGGGAGACAGCAACAGCUUUGGCCACAAGUUGAGGUGGAGCACCGAACCCUUUUCGACAGCCUCUUCUCUCCUCCCCCAGGCGUUACAAGCAAACGGGUGCUCGUCGAGUUUCUUGAACAGAUCAAGCUUGUCUUCUCAACUUGGAAGUUUUGUGAUCCCACCUCCUUCGUUGCCAUUCUCAUUGUCAAAAGCCGCGUCCCCGAACGAUAACAGGGAUCGCACAAAUUUGUUAUAAUGAGGGAGAAAGUUGUGUAGCAUGAUAAAGAUGUAGCUGUACCAAGCAAACAACGUGUUUACAAAGAAGGGUUGGAACAACUAUUUGUUUGUUUAUUGCAGAGUUAGAUUGGUGAUAUGUUAGUGUUUGAGAUGGAAAAUCGUUGGCCUUUGAUGCAGCCAGUCAUGCAUUUAAGAUUGACAACACUCUCAUGGAAAAAUCCCUCAUCUAUAAGGCCUCAUCUUUGACUUUGUCAUAAAGACUUGUCAUUUCCCAUGCAUUGAAACUUGCAUCAAGACUCUUUUAGAGAACCACAAGCAUUGGAGAUAUUGUUCAUUUAAUAACUUAUAGUUUUUAUGUAAUUUAUAGUUUCU